UGAACUGUCAGUCAAGUGGCGUCAGUUGGCGAGUUGAACUGAAUGACAGCGCUGUGUCUCAGCAGUGUAUGUACCAGACAAAAUGGGAAAUAUAUCCAGUUGACGCACUAUAGCUCCAGCACUUAUUGAAACGCAGCGGGAGAUCAUUAGAGACCGGUUUUGAGGAGGCAUCUUUCAUUCUAAACAAAGCUGUGGCUGACGGAAGUGAACUUAAGACCGAAAGAGUUAGUGGUUUAGUCACGAAUGUCUUUCGACUCCGUUGGCGAGCCCGUCGGAGCUGAGGCUGCGUGGAUCAUGCACCAGCAGAUGCAGUCCGAUCCCAAAUCAUCCUGGCCUUCCAGCUACAACUCACACAACAAUAACUGGAACAACGGCAUGGAUUCUCAGUAUCCCGGCUACUCUAAUUAUUGGUAUCCCCAGUCGCACACAGCGGCACCUUAUGGCAGCACGUACCCCCCUGGAACAGAGGCCAAUGGACAGGCCUCAUACAGUGCACAGGCAAUGUCAGGCUAUUCCAAUGGGGUGUACAAUCCAGGACAGUACUCCGCGAGUAUGCUCCAUCCCUCCAACCCCUUCUACUGCAGUGACCAGGUUCCUUCAAGACCGCCUCAGUAUCACAGCCAGACCUGCCCUGAACAAAAUGCGGGGGGUUCAGCUCCUCCACCCUACCCUGUACCUCACUGCCAAGGGGCUCCUGGCUACCCAGCAGGAUCUUACCCUCACUAUGGAGAAGGGUGCAUUUCGAAUGCUCCCUACCCCAACCAGCAGCCCAUGCUCUCUAGACCCCAGCAUGAGGCCUGGUCCCACUCUGGAGGGUACGGGCCCACACCACUCCAGCAGCAGUGGCAGUCCAAUGCUCAGACACCCCUUGGUCACUAUAACCAUGUACGACCGCCUUACCCUCCACCGUGGCAAGGACCCGCACCACCUCCAUAUGAGCACAAGGAUCCAUACCACAGUCAGCCACAUAUCCACCCUCGAAACCAGCCUCCAGACCCCAAACCACGAGCCAGCACUCCAAACCCAACUCCACCUCCGCCCAAAGCCGCCAAGUUCAGCGCUCCACCUCAAAUCUACAACAAGGCUCCCUCAGGAUGUGCAGGACCUGAGCCAAAACCAGCCCAGAAUGAACAACCUCCAACGUCUUUCCACCAAGGGUCGUCCACUCCAGCCCCAUUAAGUGACAAUCCCAGCCUGGCUCGAGUUCAGCAGGUUCUGGCCAAAGUUCAGUACCUCCAAGAGGAAGUGGAUGAGUUUGUGGGGAAAAAGACAGACAAGAGCUACCGGUGCCUGGAGGAACUUUUAACAAAAGAGCUGCUGGAAUUGGACUCGGUGGAGACCAACGGACAGGACAGUGUUCGACAGGCUCGCAAAGAGGCCGUCCAGAAGAUCCAGGCCAUCUUGGACCACCUUGAGAAAAAGGCUUUCUAAUAACUUGAAGAUGAUAAUGGUUCUGGUUGUUUUUUUUUUAAUGAUAUCUCCUCAUAAUAACCGAUUAGGAUUUUCACAGUUUGUCAGUUAGUUUGGCAGCAUUAACUUCGUGGUGUUUUUGGGUUGUGUACCUUAUUGAUGGUUAUGUAUUAGAUGAAAUGCAGGUGCAAAAUGUCCUAAUCAUUGCAGUGCCAUACUCAAACCAGCCUUCUGCCAUCCAGCAAAAAGCAGCGGCAGUCUGACAUCUGCAUAAAAUUAAACAUAAGUUUCAUUGCAUAACACCAUCUUAAGAGUUUUUUGUCUUUAUUUUUAUUUUUUAGUCUAGGCAGACUGAAAGGAUAAAACAGAGCUAAUUCAACCACAUUUUAAUACUUCCAGUGGUUUUUUGUAGCACAACUUUUCAAGAGCUUUUUGCACUGGGAAUGUUGUUUAGCACUGCUAUUAUCCCAAUACAUUCCUGAUUAUAUUGUAAAAUGUCUUGAUCUAUAAAUAAAAGGUCAGUUUUUUUUGUAA